UCCGGUAAAACUAACCAAUAUAGCAUAGUAAAGUUCAGUAGGCAGAAUUCUGUUUUGAUGUACGUCUAAUCAAGUGAUAUUAUGAAUGGCUGAUUAUUUAUAACAUUUACCAAUUUUUUAUACUGACCGUCAUCGAAUCGUAAUGUCCGCCAUAUUUAAUUUACAGAGUCUGGUAACGGUAUUCCUGUUACUAAUAUGUACCUGCACCUAUGUCAAAGCCAUCGUGCCUAGUUUAUUGGACAAGCGAAUGGGAAAAGUUGGCAUCCAGGGUACAUUUUGGAAGUGUGCUAGAAUCGGCGAAAGAAAGAGCCCGUACGUAGCAGUGGGUUGCGUUUUUAUGGCUCUAAAUAUUCUGUUCUGGUCGUAAAGCACACAUAAACAAAUGGUAAGGAGCACAUUGGCUGUUACAAUGUUGUUGGUUGUAAAUGAGGCAGGUUUUUUUACGAAUAAAAUGUAAGCAAGUUUCUUUA